AGAGAGGGCCUGCGGAGGACUAGUCAACCAGUGUUGAGAGAGCUUUUUUUUCCUGUAAGCCUUCGCUACCCAGUCCGCUACCCUAUUUCUAUUUCUAUUACAAUAUUGGAGUUUAAUAUUAGAGAAAGAAAGAAGCAGCUCACGUGCUUCACAGAUGAGGGCCAUCUAUUCCUACGGCAGUUUCUGUGAAGCUUCCACGCUGUUGACUAAGGAAAAGCAGUCUGACUCCAGAGUCAAUUUAUCACCUGCCCGAGACAAGAGGAAAUUAAGGGUUUCUGUCAAAGCUAAACACUCAGCUUGCUCGGCGGAGGAGACGAGGACAUCCUUCACGAAUCCAUCUGUCAAGAUUCCAGACGAGUUACGGCACACGCAGGCGAUCGAUCCUUCGAAUGAACCAGAUUUCCCAGAGAAUGAUCGAGACUAGCUCGAAACCAGAGCAGGUGCUUCCCAGACUUCCCUUGUCCAUUUGCAGAGAAGAAACAGAUGUUCUGGCGUCUCUGCAUGUGUUCCGUAGUAUGGGUAGUUCGGAUCAGAGCAGGGCAAGCCUCUGGUUUGCAUCAUCAUCCGACUCCAUUGGAGUGUACACAACCCGCCACAGCUAUGAAGCCCCGAACUGGACGAGACUAGGAUCUCUCGCCUUCACCAAGGGGUUCUACAGCGAGUGUUCUAAUGGUUGGAUUUGCGAGUUCGGAUCUUUAUGA